AUGGAUAUGAGUUACGAUGACCGUAAUCGCGCCUUUGCGCAGGCGUUUAUGGCACGCUCUUCGAUGACAUUUAAGGAGGGGAGGGCCGUACUCGCAGCCAUCUUCUCUGCGCAUGAUAACAACAGCGUGGAUCCCACCGACAUUGAAGAGCAGCAAUUUGUGGACUACAUAGCCGCUGCCAAUUCCGCUAUCUCCCCGUUUGACUUUGAAAUCCGAAGUACCUUGCGCCAAGUGCCGAAGGCGCAAGAUCCGGGAACCCCUCAAUCACCUCCAGAACGAGUUUACGCUCUCGUCAAUACGACAAGUGACCCUCUGACCCAACUCGCUACGACCUACACCCCCGACCAAAUCGCCUUUGUGAAACGAGUCCUCGAUUACAUGUUCGACACCAACAACACCCGCCUAUGUGAGGGAAUGGUCAUUACACACAUGCAAGCUGCGAACUUAGCACGUCCACCAGCCGGUGAAAGGCAUCGACGAGAGAGCGGGACAGAAGAUUCGCAAAGUGGACCCGUUGGCGCGUUAACCAUGACCGAGGCAGAGACCAUGGUACAACGUCUCAUGAGCGAAGGGUGGUUGGAAAGGAGCCCGAAAGACUACAUCAGCUUGACUCCGCGCGCCCUGAUGGAGCUGCGCCACUGGUUGGUCUCGGAAUACAAUGAUGAAAACUUCCGGGACCGUCCGGGGCGGCAGAAGAUCAAGUUCUGUGCUGCUUGCAAAGAUAUUAUGACUGUCGGCCAACGGUGUGACAACCGAGACUGCCCUGGUCGAUUACAUGACCAUUGCACUGAAAAUUUCUUCCGUAUGGAACGAGCGGAAGUCUGCCCCCAGUGCAAGCAGGCAUGGACGGGCGAAAGUUUCGUUGGCGAGAGGGCUGUGAUCCAAUUUAAUAGGAAUCGAGAUAGGAAUGUGCCGACGCGGCUUCCACGGCGAUCAGAACCUGUGUCACGGACUAUCUCCGAGGAGACUGUCCCUGGUGGGUCUGAACAGGUUUCUGAAGAAGACGAGGAUGAUGGCGAGCUGGAGGAUGAAGGAAUGGAGGAUAAGGAGGACGAGGAGGACGAGGAAAACUGA